AUGGAAUCCAGUGGAGUUCAAGAUCGAUAUAUUUGCCUCAGUCACUGCUGGGGUUCCAAGCAGCCUCUGAUCACAACUCAAAGUAAUCUCGCGUACCAUUUGAAUCACAUUCCCUGGGACAAAAUACCGCCUCUGUACCAAGACACCAUACGCCUGGCUUGGAGAUACGGAAUCAAGUACGUCUGGAUCGAUUCGCUAUGCAUUUUGCAAGGCGACGAAAGAGACUGGGCGCAUGAGGCAGGCCGUAUGAAAGACGUUUAUGGAAAUGCUUUCCUUACCAUAGCUGCAGCCUCAAGUCCGGACUGUUCUUCUGGAAUUCUCAGCAAAUCACUGGAUGGCCGUGCAUCUUUCGACGAAUCGACGUUUCUUCACUGGGAAGGAACCACCACAGGGGGUGCGUUCAAGUGGAUAAUCAUGUCGUUUGAUCUUUUGGAUUACAACACAUGCUAUUCAUGUGAUCCCAGCUUCUCUGACUUGCCGAAGAGUUGCUUGCCGACGAGAUGCUUGACACCACUCUAUACAAGAGCUUGGGUUCUUCAAGAAAAUCUCCUGUCACCGCGUACAUUGUCGUUUGCACUGUACAGGUUAAAAUGGACCUGUAGAGACAGCAUUAGAUCUUCGGAUAACCAACGUAACGUAGACCACGGUUUUCCACAAGGUUUCAAUCAAUUGAUACAAGGCAUUACCAAAUCACCCUCCGAAUAUCAAGGAUAUCAUUGGCUAGAGCUCAUUCAGUGUUAUUCCAAGCUCAAGAUCGCCAAGGAGCACGACUGGUUACCAGCUCUCUCAGGCCUGGCCCAGAUUUACCAGCAGACCGAUCCUGACUCAAGAUAUCUCGCUGGAAUAUGGGACAAUUGGCUGCUUCCCAGUCUGACAUGGAGAAGAGCCGACUUGGGAAACAUGGCGAAAAGAGGCACAGAGAGUCUGUUACCCAAGUCAGCGUCCCCGGAACAAUCUGUGCAAUCACAUUGGUGCACUCCUUCGUGGUCAUGGGCUUCUAUCGGUGGCGCUGUUGUCUUUGAAGGCAAUGAUCAAUGGGCAAAAGCCUUCGUUCUUCUACGAGGAGCAGAUUGCGAUCCUUCAACCAUUCACAACCCAUGGGGCAACGUCAGACAUGGCAAGGUCGAUAUUUCUGGGCCGAUCUCGGCGUUUGGUCCCAACGAACAACAUCGAUGUGAACUAGGUCAUGAGACGGAGUUGAAUUUUGACUAUGACGCCAAAGACCUGGCUGGAAAAGAGAUUGAAUGUUUGGUCCUGGGCCUGGAAACUUCUUCGUAUGAGAAGCAUGGGAGGCAAUCGAAUAACCUGGAGUCCUGGAACCGACAGGUUUCUCUGUCCAUUAAGAUAUUCGGACUUCUCCUCGAACCCGUGGAUGUCGACACGGCCACUUAUAGGCGAGUUGGUUUACUAAGGUAUUACUACGAGGGGCGUGGUCCAUAUGCCAUCGAUAAGAGCAGGCGGGGAGCCUGGUGGUACCAAAGAACUACGGAUGCAUUUCGGAGAGACAUUACCAUUGUAUAA